AUGAAUUGGUGGGAUGCAGAUGUAGUUGCGAGAAUUGGUGUCACGAAAUAUUGCGAUGAAGGAGUAGAUGAAGUUGAUGAUGACGAUGAUGAUGAUGAUGAGGUUGCUGAUGUGAGGGGGAUGCUUGAAAAUGUUGGAAAAUUCAAUAAAGUGCAUCAACAGAUUGAUUCACCUCCCACUCUAGCAGAAUGCGAAAAAAAUGCAGAUCGAUGCAUUCAAAUGGUGAAAACUCGAUUCGACAUUCGUUUGAGAUCACUCUGUGCCAACUAUCUUGGGAGCAGUAGCGAAAGAAUCACUAUCAAAUAA